AUGCAGGAAAAAUCAAGCACUGUCGCCGCUUAUGCGGCGGGAGCAUCUCUUGCGGCUAUUGCUUUAUUCUAUGUCUUCGGGCCCAACUACACUAUCGAUGGAGACGAGUCACACGACAAUUCCCGCAAGAAGAACAUUGUUGGCUUGUCCAACCCCGCCAAUGACUGCUUCAUUAACUCGGUGUUGCAGGCUCUUGCAGGGCUUGGUGAUCUACGGGUCUACCUGAUCAGAGAGCUCCAUAGGCGUGAACUAGACGGUUCUGAUAUAUACAACGAACUUCCCUCACCGGAUGAUAUGCCUCGGGAUGCGAAGCCGGACAGGAUAAGGGAAUUGCAACAGGGCACCAUCACCAGAGCUCUCAAGGAGAUGCUCGACCGACUGAACGAACGCCCGAUCUACAAGAAAACCAUAUCUGCGCGGCCCUUCAUCCAGUCUCUUGAGUAUGCCUAUCGGACGCGGAUCAGUCGUAGUCAGCAGGAUGCGCAGGAGUUCUUGCAGAUUGUCGCAGAAAGACUUUGCGAUGAGUACCACGCCGGCGUUAAAGCACGAUUACGAGCGAAGACCAUACCGGAGUUAACGCCAGGUCCGGAGUCUGUAGAACCAGGCAAUGAGACUUCUUCCAACAGCCCUGCAGAGGUUGAGGUGCGGAUUGAUGACGGAUCUGAGAACGGGUUGCCCGCCAUUAUCGACAACAAACUCAAAGAAAUCGACCACGAGUACGGCUUCCCUUUCGAAGGAAAGCUCGAGUCCCAGAUCGAGUGCCUGUUUUGCCACUAUCAAUACAAGCCUAACCAGACUUCUUUUGUAAAUUUGACCUUGCAAGUGCCUCAAAAGAGCUCUACCACGCUUAGCGCCUGCUUUGACGGUUUACUCAAAACUGAAUAUAUCGAAGAUUUCAAGUGCGACAAAUGUCGAUUGCAGCAUGCUCUUGAGGUCAAGGCCCAGGAAUUGCACCGGACCCGCGCCAAAGAUGACCGGGCCAGGCUCGAGGCAGAAAUCCAGCAAAUUCAGACGGCCCUCGCCACAAACCCAGAAGGUCCUUUGGAGGGUGUAAUCUUGCCAGCUUCUGAACUCGCUCCCAAACGAAAAAUUGCGAGGCAUAUGCGGAUAACGGCCUUCCCCAAAAUCAUUGCCAUUCAUCUUUCGCGAUCGAUCUUUGACCACAGCAGCUCUACCAAGAACGCAGCCAAAGUAUCUUUUCCGGAGCGGCUGCCUUUGGGUGGUAUCUUGACCCGAGAAUGGUACAAGCUGUUGGCAAUUGUCUGUCAUAAAGGCAGCCACCAUAGCGGGCAUUACGAGUCAUUCCGACGCAAUACCCUUUAUCCACCCUUCUCAACGCCAGAUGUAUUCAGUUCGUACGCUCAGAGUCGGGCAACUAGCGAAAACCCAUCCGAGGCGCCUAGCCCUCAGCUAAAGGCUCGCAACUCGUCAGAGAGCGAGCCGGCACCCCUAAGCAUCUCGACAUCGACAGGGUCACCGACCGGUCCCUCUCAACUGCAACCACCCCCGUCACCGAUGCCUCGACCGACAUCGAGCCCACGAGUGUCUUUCCAGAGCACUCGCUCGAAGUCGUCAACAUCCAAGCAAAACCUAUCGCCUGUGUCAGACCCGCACAGCUCAUCCUCUACUGAGGGUGGACGCUGGAGCAAGUCAUUCUCGCGAGCGUCGUUCACCAGCGAUCGCAGUACGCCAGCAACUUCAGUUGAAGCAUCGGCCGGAUCCAGCAGUCGGCUCCGUCGACGCCGUAAGCAGAACGACCGAUGGUGGCGUGUCUCGGACGAGAAAGUCAAAGAAUGCAAAACAUCCGAUGUUUUGGGGAUGCAGCGCGAGGUCUACCUCUUGUUCUAUGAGAUUGAGAAGCCCACGCCUGGCGCGUAA